AGACUUUUUCCGAUGUACCGAUUCACCAAAUCCUUUAUUGUCUCGCUACCCAAACCCACCCAUUACCGGACCCCAAGCCCAUGACCGACAGCAUCUGGCCUCCGCCGCCGCCUCCCAUGCCCGACCCAACCCUCCCCUCUCCAUCCCCUUCAGCUUCUGUCUCAUGCACCGCCGUCGCCUCAGUCUCCGCCAACCCCAUCUCCGUCUUAGACGGCGACGAAUCCCUCUCUCGCCCCAAAAAGCUCCGCAAGGUGUCCCCAGACUCCACUGCCCCUCUGCCCCUGCCCCCACCCCCUUUCUUCCUCCUCCCUCGACCCCUCUCUGCCCCAGGAGAACUUGACGCCGCUAUUCGCCACCUCCGCGCUGCCGACCCUCACCUCGCUGCAGUCAUCGACGAGCUCGAACCCCUUAGCCUCCACCAGUUUCAGCCCCCGUUUCUAACCCUAGCACGCAGCAUCAUCCACCAACAACUCGCACCGAAAGCCGCCGUUCCCACCUACGAGCGAUUCCUCAAGCUCUGCGAAGUCCACGGUGGCGUCUCACCCGCCGCAGUUCUCGCACUCUCCGCUGAACACCUCCGCCAGAUCGGCAUCUCGGCUCGAAAAUCCAGCUAUCUCCACGACCUUUCCCGCAAGUUCCAUACUGGAGUUCUCUCCGACGCGGCGAUCGUGUCGCUCGACGAUCGUUCGCUGCUGUCGUUGCUGACUAUGGUGGAAGGGAUCGGGACGUGGUCGGCGCACAUGUUUAUGAUCUUCUCACUGCAUCGGCCUGAUAUUCUUCCGGUGGGGGAUGCCACGGUGCGGCGCGGUGUGCAGCUUUUGUAUGGGUUAGGGGAGACGCCGCGUCCAUCACAGAUGGAGCAGUUGUGUGAACGGUGGAGGCCGUAUAGGUCUGUGGGAUCAUGGUACAUGUGGCGGCUAUCGCAGGCUAAGGCCGCGGCCACACCGAGCGCUGUUGGGCUACUAGCGGGUGCGCCUCAUCAGUCUUUGAUGAUGGAUACUUUUCAGGUAGACAGGUAGCCUCGGGGAUGAACAAUUCUUCAGUGCUCUCCUUGCUUGAAUGAUGAUUCUAUGAAUCAAACUAAGGAUCUCAAGCUUACAUCCCUUGGUGAAUUUUGGUCAAUGGAUAUUUUAUUCUCCAGAUUAUGAUAUUAAGGUGAUGAUGGAAUUUUGAUUUUUAGGGGGGAUACAAAAAUUUUGGUCAGUCAACAGUUGCAAUAUGUGUUUCUGUGAGGGUUAAUACUUAGUGGAGUUGUAUGGAAUUUCAUUUUGUUGUCGACUUGCUAUUUAUUCUGUGUGCUCUUUUAGCAAAGAAAUAUUGUAUUACUGUUUCUGGUUGUAGUUUAAGACUUGUUCAAUUCAGCUCUUAAUUUUUACCAUCUUCUUU